AAUAAAUAGAUCCUUGUUCUACCUCAGCUCUUCUCUUUAAUUUGCAGCAGUGGAAAUUAAACAUGUCCAAGAACCUGCCAUUCCUUUUCUUGUUCCUGGGAUUGGUUAAUGGAAGAGGGAAUCCACCAUAUCCAUGGUUUCAUUAUGAACAUGUGUUCUCCCCAACUAUCUAUGUUGACCAGUCAGGAUUUACCAAUUUCAAAACCAUUCAAUCAGCCAUUGAUGCAAUUCCCUCCAACAAUCUCCGCUGGAUUUGCAUUUUUAUCAUGCCUGGUAUUUACAGAGAAAAGGUAACAAUUCCCGGUGACAAACAAUACAUUUACCUCAAGGGGGUGGGGAUACAAAGGCCAACUAUUGUAUGGGAUAAUAGUGAAUCACUCGUAGCAAGUCCAACUUUCACAUCCUAUGCGGACAACAUCAAAGUUGAAAAGCUUCAAUUUGUGAAUUCUUACAACUAUCCUCCAAUGAAGUCUGCCGGCGGCGGCAAACCUCUGAAACCCGCCGUAGCGGCGAUGAUCACCGGGGACAAAACGGCGUUUUACGAAUGCAGUUUCGCCGGAGUGCAGGACACAUUGUUGGAUGCGCAGGGAAGACAUUACUUCAAGCAUUGCAUCAUUGAAGGAGCCAUAGACUUCAUCUUUGGUGCUGGUCAGUCUAUUUAUGAGGAGUGUAAAAUAGUGGUGAAUGCUGGGUCAUUUGGGGAACGUACUACAGGCUACAUAACCGCACAAGGAAGGUCGGGUGCCUAUGAUAGCAAUGCAUUUGUUUUCAAGAACUGCAAUGUGAUUGGGAAUGGGAUGGCUUACUUAGGAAGGGCAUGGAGAAGUUAUGCUAGAACCAUUUUCUUUAAUUCAUCCCUCUCCAACAUCAUUGUUCCUCAAGGAUGGGAUGCGUGGUACAACAGAGGUUACGAGAAACGAUUAACAUUUGCAGAGGUGAAGUGCUAUGGGCCAGGGUCAGAUACUUCAAAGAGAGUCUCAUGGGAAUCACAAUUGAGUCCAGAAGUGGUUAAUUACUUCACCAACAUUGACUUCAUCGAUAAUGAUCAUUGGAUUAACAAGCAACCUUAUUAUAUUGAAUAAUAAUCGACUAAAAAUCAGGUGAAUACUUCCUAUGGAUGAUGUGGAGGGAGUCAUAAAUUCUUAGAUAGUAGACACAAGAGAACUGUUAUUGUUGUAAUGUAUUUUAUAAUAAUCGCUAAUUAUCCUCGACCCUAGAUUCAUACUACAUAUAUUCAUUCAUUAUUUACAUUUUUUAUUUUAAACAAGAUUUUUAUGUAUACACA